GUGCCGUUUCCAUCGCGGACGCUGCGGGGGCGAAACCCCGUGCCUUUGCAACCCCCAUCCCCCGAGAAAAAGGGAGCGGAAACCAAAGCCUUUUGCAGAAGCUGGGAAGCGCUGGCCCGGCGGCGGCGAUGGGGGAUAGAGCAGCGGCGGCGCGGGUGAGGCUUCCCACGCGUUUGGAGAGGCGGCAGGAAAAAGUGCCUUAUAUUUGAACUCCGCGCUGCGCCGUCCUGCUUUUUCCAGGGAAGCGGGUGGAAGAAUGCCUUGGGCCCCGCGUUUGCUUGGCCUUCUCCUUCUCCUUCUCCUGGACCCGGCCUUUUGCAGUUACUCAGAAGAUCAAUGCAGCUGGAGGGGAAGCGGUCUGUCCCAAGAAGCAGGAAGCGUGGAACAGAUCUCCUUGCACUGCGCCGAAGGAUCGCUGGAAUGGCUGUACCCAGCUGGUGCUUUGCGCCUAAGUCUGUUCCCCCGCCUGCCCACGGGUGCCACCAGCAAAGAGAAACCGCAGCAUGUAACCGCUUGCAUCAAGUCCUCUAGCAGCUUCCGAGGAGCUCAGAUUUACUUGGAACGGGACGGGGUCUUGGAGCUCCUGCUCUCAGAGACUGAGGCUGCCUUACAGCCCAAGGUGCACUGUUUCAGGUGGCUGCCCAGAGAGAAAGUGGCCUUGUUCCUGCAGUCCACGUUGCAUCAGGACAUCAGCCGCCGAAUUGCAGCUUUCCGUUACGAGCUGCGGGGCGAGUGGAACUCUCACUUCUCCUGGUCUUGGAGGAAUCUCAGUGUGGAAG